AUGGAAGGAAGGCCAUCAUCCUCAACCACAUGUAAGCGCAUAUCAUCCAAGGAUACAAGCUCGUUCGAGCCCAGACUAACCGAUGCUUUGCAGCCAUUCUGGGACAGUGACGUCUACAAAGCGACUGAAGCAGCCUGCUACUUCCUGAUGAGACAUCCUGAUGACGAGAUGAUGAGAAUAGUUGAAGAGGCGGUCGACAAUAUUCGAGAAGCCCAGCAUCCCGAUGGCUACAUCAAUUCGUACUACACUGUCCGCGGAAUCAAGGAUCGAUGGACAAAUCUGCGCGACAUGCACGAGCUCUACUGCAUCGGCCAUCUUAUCGAGGCUUGUGUUGCUUAUGAGACAUUGACUAACAGCGGCCGGUUGUUGGAGCCAGUCAUGAAAGUUGUGCACCACAUCGAUUCUGUCUUUGGAUCCGAGCCAGGGAAAAAGCGCGGGUAUCCUGGCCACCAAGAGAUCGAGAUUGGGUUACUGAGACUGUACGAAUUCACGAAACAUCCUAUUCUGCUCAAGGUCGCCGAAUAUUUCAUCCUUGAGCGAGGGAAACGAGACUCGAAAGGGGAGAUCUACUUCGACAAGGAGGCAUGGGCUCGUGGGAAUGACCCAGCAGACUGGGAUAGCUUCGAGAUGAGACCAACAUACCGGAUGCCCAGGGAUUACGGAUAUCAUCAAGCCGACCGUCCACUUGUCGAGACUACGGAAUUGGUUGGCCAUUCAGUGAGAGCCAUGUACUUCAUGACUGCGGCAACGGACUUGGUGCGUCUGACAAAGAACCAAGGCAUCGAAAGCUCUCUAAAGAAGUUAUGGAGAGAUAUGGUCGACAAGAAGAUGUACAUCACAGGUGGCCUCGGAUCAGUCCGACAGUGGGAGGGUUUUGGACAUCCGUACGUUCUUGGAGACACUGAAGAAGGGAGUGUCUGCUAUGCCGAGACUUGCGCGACUUUCGGUCUGACCGGUUGGUGCCAGAGAAUGCUUCGACUUCAUCUGAACUCUGAGUAUGCCGACAUCAUGGAAAUCGGUCUCUACAACGGCUUUCUUGGCGCUGUUGGCUUAGACGGAGAGUCCUUCUACUACGAGAAUCCACUUCGCACAUUCACAGGCAGCCCGAAGGAACGGAGUCGGUGGUUUCAAGUUGCCUGUUGCCCUCCGAACGUGGCAAAACUGCUUGGCAACCUCGGAGCGUUCAUCUUCACGAUGCAUGGCCGGUAUGUCGCUAUCCAUUUGUACAUUGGUAGCGUACUCGAGGUGCCUUCCAGCGAUGCAGUUGUAACCGUGAAGACGAAGGCACCGUGGGAUUGGGAGGUCGAGAUUACCUGGACAGGUACUCUGUCCCUGGCCUUGCGCAUUCCAGGAUGGGCAGAGAACUACACGGUCAACGGUGCAAUGGCAGGCAGCCACGUCAAAGACGGAUAUCUCUAUCUAGCUGAGAGAAGCGAUGGAAGGUUUAAGAUCACCUUUAACCCUCGACCACGUUUUAUGUACGCCAACACGAAAGUCGGAAAGAACGAAGUUUGUAUCAUGCGGGGCCCGCUGGUAUACUGCAUUGAAGAUGUUGACAACGAUGUUGACAUUGACAAUGUUACUCUCUCGGAAGGUCUACUUCAAGAUGGUGCCCAACUGAGGAUCUUAGACCACGAAGUUACCACGGUAGAAGCGAGGGGGAGAGAGCUGAAGAACGCCGACAACUCGAAGCUUUACGACAGCAGGCCUUGGAAGCGGGGAGAGAAGAAGUACUUGACCUUCAUACCCUACUAUGCUCGGGCUAACCGUGGUGGCAACGGCGGAAUGAGGGUUUGGUGCUUUCGAGAUUGA